GUUCUGUUACCACAUCCAUCCGCACUGCGACGUUGACCACUAUGGCACAAGUUGCGCGUCCUCAACCGCCUCAAGUUCGCGAAAUUAUCGAUGUGGACCUGCUUGACGACGACGAACUUGCUGCUGCCACGAAUUUUCGUCGUCAACGGAGACGCCUGUCUCCGGACAUUCAAUCUCACAGUAAUGCAGGUCCCAGUCGGGCCCAGGAGCCUAUCAUUAUUCUGGAUAGUGACGAUGAGGUAGAUGUUGUAUCCCCACCUUUUGUAUCCCCCUCUCGGAGGCGUCGAGGUCAAGGUCUUCGAUCACCACCUCCUGCUCCCAGGCCUGUAUCUCCAAUACCUCCAGUCCCUCCUUUGCGGGCUCGUCGCCCGUUUCCUCGUACUCGAAACCAUAUGAACCGGUUUCAGCAAGCACCGCCAGUAAUCAUCCCAAACGAAGAUCCGUUUGCUUUUGAAGCCAACUUAGAACUACCACGCCGGAACCCAUCCCCUCCUCCGCCACCCAUACCCCCACCUCGUGCUGCGGCACCUUCUCAUCACCAGCCCUCGAUGGGUCUCGGCGGUGCAUUUCUGGCGCUCGCCCGUCAGGAUGCAGCAGAAGACCAGCGGCGUCAACAGCAACAGCCCGCAAAUCGUUCGCGUGUUUGGGGGAAUAUCACCGGACUAUUAGCAAAUGCACUUGGUCUCGGAACCAACCCACGGGAUUUGCUUAACAUUGAACCCUUAUACCCUCGCUUGAUACCUGGUGAAGUAAAUUGGCCGGAAUGGCCUUUUGGCAAUAUAGAUCCAAACCCAUUGGACUUCUACCAUCUAGAUAGGCCACCGAAGACUACUGAAGCAAUGUGGAAAGCAUCUUGGACGCAUCCAGGCAAACGACGGUCUGGAUUUUCUUCUGACUUCGCUUCUCACGACUUCGCAUCCACGUCUGCGUCUGGUACAUCGACGCCGGAUGCUAUUAUUAUCUUGGAUGAUGAUGAAGAGGGCUUGGUUGGUGGCAUGUCUUUCGGCACAGCUGCCCCCUCACAAACUACUAGCGCUCUUGUUUGUGCAAGGUGUAUGCAGCCUCUUGUCCUCGACAGCGGAGGCUCUAGUGCUAUUACAGAGGAGGAAAAGAAGUUGUUUCGAGUCUGGGGUCUCCGUUGCGGCCACAUGCUGGAUGGCAGGUGCAUUCACACCCUCAUGCGACCGUCUAUUGCUUCCGUUGUGACGGGAAAGAGGAAGGCCGGCGAAAUACAUGUCGCUGUCGGUCCCACGGCGGAUGUCGCUACUCCUGGAAAAGGCAAAGGUCGUGCAUCUCGUGAUGUAAAGGGCAAAGGCAAAGCCGUUCCCAUCGACGAUGACCACUUCACACAUCUAGUAUCAGAUGCUAUGGCCGAGCCGGAUUCCUCCAUCCGAUCUCGUCUUCGUUCUCGUCAUAAUCAGCCAUCCGCGACUGACUCCCGUCCUACACGUCCUCUACCAUCUCGUGGAUCAGCGACCACCAAAGUGAAGGGUAAAGGUCGAUCACGCAAGCCCACGUUAUUAGGAGACUAUGAGUGGAUGUGCCCAGUGACUGGCUGUGGACGUAUUCAUCGCAGCGUAAAAAUGAGCGAUGCAGAUGAAACUCUUUUGGAUGGUUGGAGCAUGGAUGCUGAACGAGGCGCUAUAGCGUUAUUCGUCUAAUUGUAUCUAUGACUGGUAAUUUUAUGUAGAUGAUUGUUUGCUGCAUUGUUGCACUUGGCUUUCUGUCUGCUUUCACUGUACACUAACCCAAUGUUGAGCAUACCCAUGUAUUCCACGAAUCUGAUUCCAAUCAUCCUGCGUUUCGGGCUUUUGUGGCGUCCACGAAUACUACGCUUUCCUUUUUAGUGCAACAAUGUCAAGGUACGCGGUUUUUUU